AUGCUGCCUCUCGGCCUCCUCACGGCCGCACAGGGCCACCCCAUGCUGGUCGAACUGAAGAACGGCGAGACUCUGAACGGUCACCUGGUCACCUGCGACAACUGGAUGAACUUGAUCCUGCGCGAGGUUGUGCAGACCAGCCCCGAGGGCGACAAGUUCUUCCGAUUGCCCGAAGUCUACAUCCGCGGCAACAACAUCAAAUACCUCCGAGUCCCCGACGAAAUCAUCGACAUCGUGAAAGAGCAGCAACAGAACCAACCACAAAACCGCCGCGGCGGCCACGGACGAGAUGGCGGAUCGUCGCCGCAACUUGAACGAUCUCAACUCCACGAGCAGCUCGACAUGUCUCGGCGGGUGCUGGUUCUUGAUGGACUGUGGUACUCGCUAUGUCCAUCAUUUAGCCCAUUGGCGCUGGCUCGCGCCAAUCCUCUAUUGAAGCAGCGGAAACCGAGCUCCCGACCAUGUCCGCCGCCAGCUCUUCGCAUUGCGGCGCCGCCGCGGCAUCGCUGUUACAGCAAUAACGCCCGCAAGACCGACGCCCACUCCCAAGUUGAAGACGCUCCUACGCGCGGUGGCAAUGGCGCAUCUUCAGUCUUGUCCGGGUCCGCCUCAUUUCCUGACGAGCAUUGGGACAACGAACACGAUAGCUUCGAACCCGAGAACCACGACGAGGAGGCAUUGACACCGAGGCGGAAGAAAGCGAUCAACAGAUGGCCCGGUGUCCCCAAAUACGCCGCAGAAAAGAGUAAUGACAGUCUCGAAACACUCUUACAAACGGAAAUGGCCAAGAAGCCUAAUAUCACAUCCGCCACACACAUACUGCGCACGUUGAUCCGGGAUCGCGGUGUCAAGCCGUCGGCGCGGCAUUAUAAGGCUCUUAUAAUGGCGAAUUCGGAUGCGUUGCAUGGGUCACCGAUAUUUGUGAGGAACCUCUUGGAGGAGAUGGAGAAACAAGGGAUUGCGGCGGACUCGGGGACGCUGCAUGCUGCGUUGCAGGCACUUGCUGUUCAUCCAGACUUCAUUCUCCGCCAAGAAGUCCUCCAGAAACUACGAGAUCGAUGGCUUACCCUUAGCCCGGCUGGAUGGCAUUUCGUGGUUGCGGGUCUUCUCCGCGAACACAAAUUCGAGAUGGCGCUUGAGCAAGCAGCGUUGAUGCAGCGGAAGGAUAUACAUGUCGAAGAUUGGCUGCAUAGUUCGAUGAUCUACCAGCUCUGUGACCUGGGCGAAAUGGAUGAAGUGCUUCGCUUGAUGCAGGUCCGAGUUAGUCAGGGCAAUGACAUGACGUCUGAUCUGUGGAUGCAUGUGCUACGGACUGCAAUUGAAGCACAACAUUAUAUGACGACGCGUUUUGUGUGGCGACGCAUGGUUGAACUCGGUUACCUCCACCCACCGACUGCUGUGUGCAGUGAUGUUUUGAGGGUCGCGGCCGGCGUCAGUGAUAUCGAGAUAGCAAAGUCUGUGUUCCGUCAUCUCGCCCGACGCGCAAUCUCUCCGGUCUUGGAAGAUUAUCAGCAGCUUAUUGUGGCCAAUGUUGGCGUGGGUGAUCUUCCCGCUGCGUUUGAGGUUCUUUGUACUAUGCAGGAGGCCGGUUUGCCUCUUGAUCAGACGACCACUCAACCGAUCCUUGCGUAUAUGAUCCACAGCAAGACCGACCGCCGGGAUGCUUGGCAAGUGCUGAAGAGAUUACACAACGAGAAGCACGUUGUCCCUCUUGCGAGUGUUCGUGUCAUUGCUGAAUUGUGUGAACACGAUGCCCAAAAUGACCCGACGGUGGUAGAUGAUGCAAUUGGCUUCUACAAUGAAAUUCAUACCAUCUGUCCGCAAGGCGCCGAUCUCCAGGUCUACAAUGCACUGAUCCGGAUGUGUCGUACAGCACUCAAACGGGAAGCCGGCAUCUUCCUGGUUAAAGAGAUGGCCACCCUCGAUGUCAUUCCGGAUGCCGGCACCUUCGAGACAAUCAUCCUGAUGUGCCUAGAUGCGGGUAACUACAAGUCCGCGCUCAUGUACAUGUUAGAUCUGGCUAAGCGGGAGGCAACGGUCAGUCCCAAAGCGAGGGAGGAGAUUCGGAGUCUUUGCGCGCGGUCGGUCAACGAGUAUGCGCUACGGUUGCAGUAUCACCCUUUGAUCCAGGGUGGGGAUGUGCCAACCUUAGACGAUACUACCGAGACGGCUGAGGAGCCUAAACUGCAACGCAACCCACGUCCCAAGCUUGGUCGCGAGGAAAGAAUUGCAUAUAAUAAAGAGCGACGACAGAGAAAACGUCGCCGCUUGGCAUUGGAGAGACUCGCCGCGGAGGGCAAAGUGAGCUCGGAGGCUAUGAACGGCCUGGAAAUGGAGGACUCUGAAGUCGAGCUGGACGAGGUGGAUGUGGAUGAAGUGGAUGAGGAAGUCGAGGGGAACAGCAAUCGGAGCUCUCCUUCGUCCAAAACGGGCGAAUAG